AUGAGCCCUCGUCAAAAUGGCAUUCCGGAUUAUGGAACCGGUAUACUUCCGGUGAUACCCCCAGACGUAAAUCUACCGGACCGUGAUCCACGAAGCAAUGCUGCUACCGCCGCCUCAGCAGCUGGUGUCCGCGCCCUGAGCACCCAACUCAUCGCUUUUUACUUUCGUGCGCCUGCAAAGGCAUUCUUCAGAACACGUGUGGAUUACCUUGCUUAUGCGAGAAAUAUUCACCAGGCCCAGACGCAGCUAUUGAUGAAGGCUGCUGCAAACGAUGCUUCUGCCUCAGCGUUUACUACACUUUUGCGCCAAAGUUGGCUCCUUCUGAGAGGUACGACACCUGGAGUUUUGACUUCAGCUAUCAGGCAUCAAGGAUGGAGCAUCGUGCCAAAUCAGAUUCUGCCGCCUCUUAUUGCCAAUGUUGGUGUUGGAGCAGUCUUGUAUACGAGUUAUCUCCAGAUUUUAGGACGCCUUCAUGAAGAGAGUGGCCAAGCCCGGAAAAGAGUGUAUCCACCACCUCAUCCAACGCAUACCUUUACAGCUGGUUUGCUUGCUGGCGGGCUUCAGAGCGUUUUAGCAGCACCCUUGGACGCCCUCCAAGCGCGGUAUGAUCACACAGAUCUCAUGCCAAACGACGGCAGUGGAAAGCCCAGGAGCAUGUGGAAAUUUGGAUGGGAGAAACUUCGCGAAAUCGGUCUCAGGGGUAUUUUUGCUGGGUGGGGGUUGUCCCUUGCAAAGGAUAGUCUUGGAAGUGCCAUAUUCUUUAGCACAUUCGAAUAUGUCAAAGCCCAGGGUUACUACCGUUUUGUUACAUGGUACUACGGCGGCCUGGCGGAGGAUAUUGUCGACGUGCUAGCUAUGAAGCGCCCCACGCACCAGCACAAGCAAGAAGAAGGGAUCAGACUCAUCCGACCACAUUACGCCCUCGAGCCCAUGUUUCUUCUGCUCGGAGGCUUAAGUGCCUCAUUCACGCAGCAAAUUCUCCUCCAUCCCCUAACGCACUUCCAAGUCAAGCACUGGGAUCACCUCGAAGAUCUCGAUGCCAAAGCCGCCAAACUGCGCGCGUCCAAAGUGGUUAACCCGGAAAAGCCCCAUCGACGAUGGAGAAUGCUACGAGCUUACUACCGUGCUUAUCAGGAAUCGCUGGCCGUCUGCAGAACAGAGGCAGCCGCUGAAGGGCUGAGCCUAACGAAAUGGCUCUACCGCGGGUUUUGGUGGAACGCAAUACGUCAAGUGCCUAGCACGAGUGCAGGAUUGAUCAUUUUUGAACUGAUACGGCGCAAGUAUGGACUUGGACAGGGAGAAGUGAGAAUUACAAAGGAUGGGUAUGACAUUUUACUUCACUAG